AUGUUGGGUGGUCUCAAAGAAGUCGAACAAGAAUGCCGUUCGUUGAAUAUCCCGUUUCAUUUGAUCAAUGCUGCGGAUUUUCUCGAUUCCGAGGAGGAGGACCCUGGACUAGGUGUGCGAAUACGUUGGAGUCCCGAUUACGUUCCAUCGCAGAUGGCCGGCUCUUACCUGUACGAUGCGGCAGUUGCACGUGCAAUAUGCUCUCUCGUCAACUCAUUACCUACCGGUUGUUUGGUUGUGGAUUUUUCCCCGUUACGUGCGCCUUCAGCGUGGGUAGAACGAGUGGCCGCGUCCGUUCCGGACCGUGUUCCAGUUUGCCAAACUACAUACGCAGUGAAGGUGUUCAAAGUACAGGCAGCCAGUGAUGUUGAUGCUCACAAUAUUGUCCCCGUUUGGUGUGGCUCUGACAAACUUGAAUCACAUGCUCGAACCAUUCGACCAAAACUGUUCAGUAAAACGUCGAAAUAUCUUACCGAAUUUCCCCCGAUCAUCGCCCAUCCUUUUCGUAGCGAGUUUGACAUCACCCGGCACCCGACUAUCGAUUGGCAAACUGUUUUGGAUCGCUAUUGCGGUGACAAAUCUGUAAAGGCAGUGUCUUGGGCUAUUCCGGGCACCAGGGCUGCCUUCGAAGUGCUCCGAUCGUUUAUCGAUGAGCGUCUUAAAGGAUUUGAUUCUCAACGAAAUAACCCGGCCAAUCCUGCCCUUAGUGGACUGUCACCAUGGUUUCACUUUGGCCAAAUUGCACCACAACGAGCCAUUCUUGAAGUGUCUACCGUUCAGAAAAAGUAUGGCCGUUCUGUGGACAUAUUCAUCGAAGAGGCGUUCAAUCGGCGUGAACUAGCUGAGAAUUUCUGUUUCUACAAUCCUCUUUACGAUUCGCUUCAAGGUGCUCGCCAAUGGGCUCAAGAGACUUUGACCCAGCACGCCACGGACACUCGACCCGCCUCAUACACCCGAGAUGAGUUAGAAAGUGCCAAAAGCGGGGACGAUUUGUGGAAUGCAGCGCAACGCCAGCUAGUUCACACGGGUAAAAUGCACGGAUUUCUGCGUCAGUAUUGGGCCAAGAAAAUUCUCGAAUGGUGUGCUGAAGGUCCACAGACGGCGAUAGAUUGGGCAAUCUACCUCAACGAUCGAUUUAGCUUGGACGGUUCUGAUCCGAAUGGCUAUGUGGGGAUCAUGUGGGCCAUAUGCGGGAUCCAUGAUCAGGGUUGGAAUGAGCGCACAAUUUUCGGUAAGGUGCGCACCAUGACGUACAACGGAUGCAAGAAAUGGUUUUCAAUUCCGGCUUUUGUUGAACGCUUCACCGAGCACAAUGUGACCUCAAAGUGA